AUGAAAUUAUCUGUAGUCGCCAUCAUGAGGUGUUUUGUGAUUUUAACGACAUUGUUAUCAUGCGCAUUGGCGCAGUUUCCCACUGGCUACCCAACGACACCAACUUAUACCACUACUAGUCCGACUUAUGCCACAGCACCAACAUACGCAACAACUCCAACAUAUACCACUACUCCAACUUAUGCCACAGCACCCACUUACGCCACAUCACCGACCUAUACGACAACACCCACUUACGCCACAGCUCCCACUUAUGCCACAACUCCGACCUAUGCCACAGCACCCACGUAUACUACGACACCAACGUAUGCAACCAAUGCUUAUUAUGGAACUGGAUCCAGUUACGGAGCCGUAGCUCCAUCUUAUGGUACUGGAACUGGUUACGGAACAGUAGCUCCAUCCUAUGGAACUGGUUACGGAACAGUAGCUCCAUCCUAUGGAACCAUAGCUCCUUCUUAUGGAACUGGGACUGGUUACGGAGCCGUGGCUCCAUCUUACGGUGCCAUUCCUUAUGGUGGUGUACCUCCAUAUGGUGGCGUACCCUCAUAUCCUAGUUAUGGAGGAUACCCAGCCUACGGAUAUGGUGCCCCGUCAUAUGGUUACAGCGGAAGUCAAUAUGGUGGCAGCCAAUAUGGAGGAGGAUAUUCAGGAGGUCGAGGAGGCUAUUCACAUGGCCGGGGAGGUUACUCAGGAGGCGGUGGUGGUUCACAUGGCGGAGGUUCCUAUUCGUAA